AUGUGCGAUGGGAUGAAAGCACACGAUCUGGCAAUUAGAUUGGCACGCGUGCGACAUGGGGAUCUCAGUGCCGGCAACAUUUUGAUAUCUGAUUCGGGCAAGGGAAUCUUGAUUGACUGGGAUCUAGCUAUGAGGUUGCCAAGCGAGGAUAAUCAAAGGGUUGACACUCAGGGGCCGCAGGGACCGACGACGAAGUGGCAAACGGGAACUUGGCAAUUCAUCUCGGCGGCCCGGCUCAUGGAUCCUGACAGCACGCGCCAUGAACUUCGUGAUGAACUGGAAUCUGGUCUUCACGUCUUGCUAUACACCAGUGUCCGCUAUAGAGCCAGCCACCUUACUGUGGCGCAAUGUAAGUUGCUCAAGAAAGCCUUUAUCGAGCAUUUCGACAGCAGAUCCGACACCGUGCAGGGGCGAACAUCCGGAGGACAUGGAAAAUACGAGUUUUUUCAACCAAUCGGACCUAGUGCCUUCUCUCAAGACGGCCUUGAAAAGUUCCUCAGCGAGCCGCAUGCUAGCCUCGUCGAGACGCUUCGAAGAUUGUUUGUUCCCCUUUAUAGCACAGAAAGACAGUUAAAGCUUAUCCCUAGCAUGGAGCAAUCUCGGGACGCUGCCCUCGAAGUCCUCAAGACUUCGGAUCGGUUCAUAGAGAUCAUAGAAGAGCACCUUGAGAUGAACGGAUGGACGGAGAAUGAUGUCAGCGAUGAGCUGCGUGGCUGUGAUCAAUUCUUUACCGAAGCACGAGGCCUGAUAUCUGAGGCACGGCGUAACUCGUUGUUGAGGGCUAACAUGUAG